UGACUUAAAUGGGGAGAACUCGUCAGAUUUUCCCGACUUGAGUAAAAUGACAAACCUUUCUACGUUGACAAUGAGGAGCUGUAAUUUAAGAGGAAAUAUCCCUAAAUAUAUUCUUAAUUUGGGAAGGCUAGAUGUCUUGUAAUUGUUCGAUUAUUCACUUGUCAGAUUUUCUAUUCCUGUAUAGCAUUUCCUUGGGAUUUAAAUACUUAAUCUUUAGCGAAUUUAACAGACAUCUAAGAUCUUUAUUUUGCAGGGAUCUUAGCUUUAAUAAACUAGAAGGGCCACUUCCAAAUUUUCAAAAAUCUCCUUUGCGUUAUAUAUAUUUAACAAGUAACUUACUCAGUGGGCCUAUUCCAGCGUGGAUGAACAUAUACAGAGCCAAGAACAUAGAUAUAUCUUACAAUAACUUUUCGGAGAUAUCUGAACCAUCAACUUGUCAAGAUCAUUUCAAUCACUUUCAGAGCACAUCUGGUCAUGAAAACAGCUCAACGCUCAGCAAGUGUUUGGCUCCAUGUUCAAAAGAUUAUUAUUCAUUGCAUAUACAUUGUGGUGGAAAAGAAACUACCAUUGGAGGCAUAAAGUAUGAAGAGGAUGAGAAAAUUGUAGGUCCUGCAAAUUUAUUCCAUAACUCAACCAACACUUGGGGAUUUAGCAACACCGGUCAUUUCAGAAAUUUGGAAAAAGAAGGGACAGAAUAUAUAGUAAAUAAUGUAUCUAAAUUAAGAAUGAACUCUGAGCUUUACAAAACUGCACGCAUUUCGCCUCUUUCGCUAACUUAUUUUGCUCGUUGCUUAAGAAAUGGAAGUUACACUGUGAAACUACAUUUUGCAGAGAUAGUAUUUAGAAACGACAGAUCUUAUGAGAGUGUUGGAAGACGAGUAUUUGAUGUUUAUGUUCAGGGAAAACGGGUGUUGCCAGAUUUCAACAUUAAAGAGGAAGCUAAAGGAGUUGAUAAGGAGUUUAUCAAAGUAAUUAACAAAGUUGUUGUGAGUCAUAACACAUUGGAGAUCCGCCUCCAAUGGACGGGGAAAGGGACAAGGAAUGUUCCAAAGCAAGGAAAAUAUGGGUCUUUAAUAUCAGCUAUCUCAAUUGUAUCUGGGGAAGAACAUUUGAGUAAGAACAAAAUCAUUAUCGGCCUUGUUGUAGCUGUUUCUGCUGGUGCAACAUUAUUAGCUGUUGUAGCCUUCGGUUUGCAUAGACGAAAAGCUAAGAGAAAAAGAACUGCAACAAAUAAUGAUUUGAUUUGGACAAGUACUAACUUGAAGAGAGGAGACGAUCAACCUGAGCUUCAUUUUUUUGACUUGGAUAGCAUACUAAUGGCCACAAACAAGUUUAGUAUUACAAACAAACUUGGUCAAGGAGGAUUUGGUCCUGUUUAUAAGGUCAUUUGGUUUUCAACAGUUUACAUAGAAUCUAAUACACUACAAUAA